GGGUACGAUAUGGAGGAUGCGAUGGUGAUCAACAAAGGCUCCUAUGAACGUGGAUUAGCUGGCGCAUGUAUAUACAAAUCCGAGAUUCUCGAUCUAGCGCUACUAUCCAAACAAUCUACCUCACGAUCACAGCUGUUUUCGCGUCGGAAACAACCCACGGCCGAGCACUACUUUGACUCAAUAGUCGAAGGCUCGGAUCGGGUUCAUAAGGACAGCUCCUGCUUCGAAUCUACCAACUUGUUCUAA